AUGGGUAUCCGAGGUCCUGUGUACGAUCUAACCGACACUGUGACUAAAUCCGAAUCCAAGUCCAAUAGCGCACCCAACAGCAGCUGCAAACGCAAGCAGACCGCUUAUCAGUUUGUACUUGGUUGGGAUUCUGCCGAAUUCGUUGUCAAGGUACCCGACACAAAUCAGUAUCCAGAAUGGUGGCACCAAGAACGAAAUCAGAACAAAUAUCAACGCAGUGCUUGA